AUGGCGCCAAAUGACUUCUCCCUGUCAACGCGGAUCUCCUUGUCCAAUGGACUUUCCAUUCCUCAAAUUCACCUCGGCGUUUAUCUUAUGUCAGGGCGUGAAGCAUCCUCAGCUGUCAUUUGGGCUCUGAAAGCUGGAUAUCGAGCAGUCGACAGUGCUCAGAUGUACAGGAAUGAGAAAGAUUGUGGUCAAGCUAUUCUAUCAUUCUUGAAUGACAAAUCCUUAAACACCACCGGGCUGACACGGGAAGACAUAUUCUUCACCUCUAAAUUGGCUUCCAACGCGACCUAUGAAGCGGCGAGGAAAUCGAUUUCCCAGUCUGUCAAAACAAGUGGCCUGGGCUAUAUUGAUGUAUUCCUCCUUCAUAGCCCUUAUGGAGGUAAGCAAGCUCGAUUGUCGAGUUGGAGAGCGGUGGAGGAUGCUAUCAAAGAUGGCGAGAUCAAAAUUGGCGGAGUGAGCAAUUUUGGGGUCAAACAUCUCGAAGAACUUUCAUCAUCGAAACCCCGGAUCAUGCCAGCAGUUAACCAGAUCGAGGUUCACCCUUUCAAUACGAGGACAAACAUCGUCGAGGCAUGCCAAAAGCUUGGGAUUGUGGUGGAAGCAUACGCGCCACUGGCACGGGCACUUCGUAUGAAGCACCCGACGAUCGUGGCUCUCUCUCAAAAAUACAAGUGUACACCGGCUCAGCUGAUGAUCAGGUGGAGCCUGCAGCACGGAUACAUCCCACUGCCGAAAAGCGUGUCAAAAGAACGAAUCGAAGAAAAUGGAGAUAUUGGGAAUUUUGAGAUCUCGAUCGAGGAUGUCCAACAGAUGGACAAUCUAGAUGAAUAUCUAGUUACAGAUUGGGAUCCGGUUGAUACCGACUAG